UGAAAGCAGAACGGUGCUGCGUGCCCGUGAUUUGCUGGCAGAGCGCUGCUCUCCUCCGGCGACCGCUGACGAGGGCGCUAGGCUGGUCUCGUCUCAGCUGUUCCCCACAGCUCCACUUCGCUCCAACUAGAGAGGAGUGAGCAUCUUGAAUAGAAGGGAUCCUGCAGCCGGUAUAAGACACGGACCAAGACCGAGGGAGGAAAGAGACAGAGAGAAGCAGAACGCACACUCCAGGGGAAGGGGUCUUCGCUGCCCUAAUGUCAGCUAAAGGGAGGAAAUAUCAAAAGAGGGUCUCAUUCUCCGAGGACGACAACGAACAGGACUGGAAGGAGGAGAAUGGAGGACUGGACUCCCAUUAUUUGAAAUCCGUGAAAACGGUCCGGGAUUCUUCCGGAUACUAUCAGUGUGCCGCACCGGCUGACAAUAAUCCUGCACAGCGAAGACUAACAAUGAUGAGGGAGAAGGGGCGAAGGCAGGCUGUGCGAGGUCCUGCAUUUAUGUUUAACAACAGGGGUACCAGCCUGACAACGGAAGAGGAAAGAUUUCUUGAUGCUGCUGAGUAUGGCAAUAUUCCUGUUGUGCGCAAGAUGUUGGAAGAAUCCAGGACCUUAAAUGUCAACUGUGUUGACUAUAUGGGUCAAAAUGGUCUACAGCUGGCAGUCGGAAAUGAGCAUUUGGAAGUGACAGAGUUGCUCCUGAAGAGAGACAACCUGGCACGUAUUGGUGACGCACUUCUUCUUGCUAUCAGCAAAGGAUAUGUCCGAAUCGUUGAAGCCAUCCUGAACCACCCAGCCUUUGCAGCAAGUAAACGCUUAACACUCAGCCCCUGCGAACUACAUGAUGAUGACUUUUAUUCCUAUGAUGAAGAUGGAACUAGAUUCUCUCCUGACAUUACUCCAAUCAUUCUAGCUGCCCACUGCCAAAAAUACGAGGUUGUACACAUGCUGCUUAUGAAAGGGGCUCGUAUUGAGAGGCCUCAUGACUAUUUCUGCAAAUGCAAUGAGUGCAUGGAAAAACAGAGAAAUGAUUCUUUCAGCCAUUCCCGGUCCAGGAUUAAUGCCUAUAGAGGGCUGGCUAGCCCAGCUUAUUUGUCGCUGUCCAGUGAAGACCCAGUACUUACUGCUCUGGAGCUCAGCAAUGAACUGGCAAAGCUGGCAAAUAUUGAAAAGGAAUUUAAGGACCACAAUAAAAAAGAGGCUGCACAGCUCACUCGCUUCUCCCUGAAUGACUAUCGCAAGCUUUCUAUGCAAUGUAAGGACUUUGUGGUGGGUGUUCUUGAUUUGUGUCGAGACACUGAAGAAGUUGAAGCAAUCCUAAAUGGAGAUGUGGAUGCCGAACAAGAAGAAGGACAGCGCCACAGAGCUUCCCUGAGCCGAGUGAAACUUGCUAUUAAAUAUGAAGUCAAAAAGUUUGUAGCCCACCCAAACUGUCAACAGCAGUUGCUGACAAUAUGGUACGAAAACCUCUCAGGAUUACGGGAGCAGACCAUUGCCGUGAAAUGCCUCGUCGUUCUCAUUGUUGCCUUAGGCCUUCCAUUGCUUGCUGUCGGCUACUGGUUCGCUCCAUGCAGCAGGUUGGGAAAAAUCCUGCGGAGUCCCUUCAUGAAGUUUGUAGCACAUGCAGCCUCCUUUAUAAUAUUUUUGUGUUUACUGGUGUUUAAUGCUUCAGACCGCUUUGAAGGAAUAACAACUUUGCCAAAUGUCACAGUCACUGACUAUCCCACACAGAUAUUUCGAGUAAAAACCACACAGUUUAGCUGGACAGAGAUGCUUAUCAUGGUUUGGGUGCUGGGGAUGAUGUGGUCAGAGUGCAAGGAACUUUGGAUGGAAGGUCCAAGGGAAUAUAUUUUGCAGUUGUGGAAUGUGCUGGAUUUUGGCAUGCUGUCGAUAUUUAUUGCUGCAUUUACAGCACGAUUCUUUGCUUUCCUUCAGGCCACAAAAGCUCAACGGUUUGUAGAUAAACACUUCCAAGUCAGCGAUCUGUCUAUGGUUACUCUUCCUCCAGAGAUAGAAUAUUUUACUUAUGCAAGAGACAAGUGGCUCCCAUCAGAUCCGCAACUCAUAUCUGAAGGUCUAUAUGCAAUUGCAGUAGUUCUGAGUUUCUCCAGAAUAGCGUAUAUUCUUCCAGCCAACGAGAGCUUUGGUCCUCUGCAGAUCUCCCUUGGUCGAACUGUGAAGGAUAUUUUCAAGUUCAUGGUUCUUUUCAUCAUGGUAUUCUUGGCAUUUAUGAUUGGAAUGUUUAUCCUCUACUCAUAUUAUCUUGGAGCAAAAGUGAAUCCAGCUUUCACCACAGUGGAAGAAAGUUUCAAAACCUUAUUUUGGUCAAUAUUUGGUCUUUCGGAAGUGUCAUCAGUUGUCCUGAAAUAUGACCACAAGUUCAUUGAAAACAUUGGUUAUGUUCUUUAUGGGAUAUAUAAUGUCACAAUGGUGGUUGUUCUUCUCAACAUGCUGAUUGCCAUGAUCAACAGUUCAUACCAAGAAAUUGAGGAUGAUGCUGAUGUGGAAUGGAAGUUUGCCAGAUCUAAACUAUGGCUAUCAUAUUUUGAUGAUGGAAAAACAUUGCCCCCUCCAUUCAGCCUAGUGCCGAGUCCAAAAUCUUUCUUUUACUGCAUUAUGAGAGUGGUGAACCUUUUUAAGUGCAGACGAAGAAGAUUAAAGAAAGAUGUUGAGAUUGGAAUGGACAAUUCAAAGUCUAGGUUGAACUUGUUCAGUCAUUCAAAUCUGAAAAUUGCAGAAUCACACAGUUUUAACAGCAUACUCAAUCAACCUACCCGCUACCAGCAAAUAAUGAAACGUCUAAUAAAGCGAUAUGUGCUUAAGGCACAAGUUGACAAAGAAAACGAUGAGGUCAACGAAGGCGAGCUAAAAGAAAUAAAGCAAGAUAUAUCUAGUCUUCGAUACGAACUUUUGGAAGACAAAUCCCAAGCAAGUGAGGAACUGGCGGUUCUCAUCCAAAAACUCAGCGACAAACUUAAUGCCAGCACCACAUGAUGUGAAUAACACAAGACACCUCCAUAACUGGAAACUUGGAACCUGCAGAAUUGGAUUUUUUAGCAAAAGCACUUUUGUCAUAUUUGGAAUGCCUUUUUUUCCUAACAAAAGGGAUAUUCCAAAUGUUUUGCUUUUAACAAUCUCUUAUUUGUGAAUCCUUAUAUAUAACGCCAAUGUUAGAAACAUCUUAGACUCAGUGAGUUGCCAUUUUCAUGUACUGCAGCCUGUCUGCCUUUUUUAAGUUGGUCUUGUAGAGACUGUUUUCACAAAGGAAUCUUGAGACAUUUAAAAUGAUUAAGAGACAAAUGCUCUAUUCAACAUUUUUAAAUGAUAUUUCUCAAUAGAGGUAUGCAGUGACAUUGAGAGACUGUUGACAUGUGCAGCUUUUUGCUCUCACUAUCAUUCCCUUGCCUAUUUAGGAAUUUCUUUUCUGUAGGAAAAACGAAGAAAUGUGUUACUUUUUUAGCAUGUAAAUACAUCUGGUUUAAAGCAAGAGCACAAUGUAUGGCAAUAAUGCUUCUGACCAGAGAAUGAUGCAGCGUGUUUAAUUUAGUCAAGUCAGUGUAGUGAUUUUGCACAGUAAUAAGAUUAUUGUACAGGAUCUGCUUCCAUCUAACAAGGAAGCUCCCAUAAUUAAACUUCCUCAGUGCUGUGUUAUCUCAAGUCUGACGCCUUCACAACAGACAUAAGAAGGAGAAAUAAUAAAAUAAGGAAGAUUUCCAUGUUUCAUUCAGAUCAGCACUUGCGGUAGGUGUAAAGUCAAAUAUUUUUAAAUAUUUCAUUAAUUUAGAAAUCUUAACAUUAUACUUAAUUUAAUAAGUUGGAAUAUUUUACUUCUUUAAAACACUGCUUUUGGAAGUGAGUAGUUCUUUUUUUAUCAUGUAAGGUUUGUAAUCUCCUUCUUUGUUAUUACAAAGAAACAAGCACAGGCUUUCAUUUAAAUUUAAAAAAAAAAAACGCAGGAAAAUCCUUCUAAUAAAAAGUGUGUCAUAUAUAUGGUAUUUGAUAAUCUAGAUAAGUAUAUUAACUCAUCAUAAUCUUUAACCUUGUGUUUCAGUAAAUCAGCUUUUGCAUAGCUGUGGUCAGGGAAAAUGAUCGAGAAAGUAAGUCAUUUUUCUACAUGCUGCUUUUUAGGUCUUUCAAAAAAAAAAAAAGAAAAGAAUAAGACAGGUUUUAAUGAUUUAACUGAGCACUACUCACCCAGUUGGGUGUUUUAUAUUUAUUAUAUUUAUUAUUAUAUUAGGUUUUGAGUAUUGUGAAAAUAAAGUGUUACAAAUUAAAAUAAAUCUUUACUUUUUUACAAAUCUAUGCAGGGCAAAAGAACAACUGCUGAAACUUAAUCUUGGCGCGAGAUUUAUAAUGUAGCAAAGAAGAAAGCUCAAGUCAGUCUGAUUUUGUAUUGGGACUUUUUAUAUUGUAUAACAAGAGUCAGAUUUGCUUAAAUUGAAUUUUAUGUCAGUAUUCAACAAACUGUAACAACAGUAGCUGGCUAUUGUAUAUCAGUACUGUUUUGUUUUUGACUUGCUGAUGACAAAACCACUAACAGUAAUGUUAUAUUUUUACUAGAUGAUGCUGUAAAGAGUUUCUAAAAGAAAUCUUGUCAGUGCAUAACAGAUGUUAGUGAACCUCACGGGCUAAAGUACAAAUGUUAUUAGGAGUGUGUCAGAGGAGCAGCUCAACUGCUUAUUUAUUUUGAAAUGAAGUUG